UCAGGCAUACGAGCUUCGGUUGCUGUAUCGGUAAACAAUAGUAACUGAUACAAACACGUACCUUUCAUCAGUGAAAUAAUAAUUAUUUCACUAAAAACUUAUUCUAUACUUCCGGUCCCAUCUUAUCUUGUUAUACAUAUUUCCAAUAGCAGCACCAUGAAAUUACUGCAGACGUUGCUAAUAAACAUUAUUCUGUUCCCGGCCUGUCUUAUGCACGAUGGUCAUACGGAUCUGGAAACCGAUUGCAACACCUUUCCAAACAUCGCUCAAACGACUGCCGUGGAACCGAUAGCGUUUCCGUUUCGGACUGAUUUGUUGACACGAGAAGAAUGCCUGCUCUAUGCCGAACUGAGCCAGAAUGGCGCUAUUUGUAGUCCAGUUUUUGAUGUCGAAGAAUGCGAGAAGACAUCGAAUGACGAGUUCUUGUUGACACCACCCUCUCGGUCAUACAUCGAUGUAAGAUGCUCAUGGGAAAAUCGUACCAUUCUGAGCAAUAUUACAAAGAACAUCCAUUUGAUCAGUCCAACACGAGCGGCUAUCAUCAUGUUGAAGGAGCGCAGCGAUUCUUUCGAUCCAGUCCACGCGGAGGUCAUUGGACCGAUUCGAAAACAGCUCGUCGAAUUACGCGUCCCGGAAAUCCGCACCACAAUUAUCAGUGCAAAGAUAUACGACAUUGGGAUGCUACCGAAUCUAAUACUGCUGGGAAUUGGAUCUGGACUGCGCUUAGAGAUCCAAAAGAAACAUUUCUCGCGGAUGCCACAGAUACGCAGCAUUACAUUCUCGGGCUGCACUAUUGCAGCGCUCGAGCCGUACACUUUCACUGAUUUACCGCACUUGCAGAGCUUAUCGCUCGAAGACGGCGUCGGUUAUAAUCUAUACCAAAUCGAGAAAUACGAUGCCGCGAUGCGCCGCGUCCAUUCGGGCAUGCUGAGUGACGAGGAUUUAGAGAUGUUCCGGAAACUGCACUGUGAUUGUUCCUACGCUUGGUAUCGCAAUUUUCUCAAGCAGAAACCCGAUCUGAUUUCCGAUAAGAGAAAAGGAGAAGUUGCGAUUGUAGGAAACUAUAUGACACCAUCUGUUGACAUGAUUUUUGCAUUUUUGGCUGCGGUGCUCAGAGUUGACUGCGCGCAAAAUCUAACUUAUACCAAUGUUGAGCGUACCAUGGGUGGUAGCCAGUAUUCCUACAACACAUCUUGCUAUAAUUUACAGUGCUGAGAAAAAUUAGAAUUUCGAAAAUUAGAAUUUCGGUGUUUUGUCAGGCAUCUUUAUCCCACAUUAAAUUUUAUCUUUGCAGACCAGAAUGAGGUAUCUCCGACCGUGGUUACCGUGGUAUGAGAACGUGGUAUCUCCGACUUUGACA